AUGUCGCAAUUGGAUCUUACUGAGGACAUAACCCUUAAUAAGAGGGUGCAGAUGUCGAUGAUUAGGUUGGCAUCACAGUCGAUCUAUAAGUUGCAAUUCCGGAAUGCAGCUUAUAAAUCUCAAUCUCUGAAUGCAACUAAUAAAUCGCAAUGCGUAAAUGCAACUAUAAUCGCGGUUGUUGAGGCAACUUUCGAAUCCGGAAAAGUCCCUGACACGGCAUUCCAGAUUCAACUAUUUACUCAACAGCAGCUUUCACCUUCCACUACCCAUUCGAACAAACAACAUUCUGACGGAGAAAAAUUCUCAGCGGCAAUGAAUCCUGAAACCUCCAAUAACCAAACAAAUCCCACAAAAAGAACAUUUGCAGAAAUAGACAAACCAGCAACAAUAAAUUGCAUGGUUGUAGCCAUUGAUCACAACAACCUUUACUACACAGUCUGCUCAGUUUGUGAAAAAACCCUCCCUGACCCUUCUCCCAAUACCCAUUUUCCCAAUUCUUCAAUUCCCAUUUGCAAAUACUGCAACUUUAACAAUAAUGGCUUCUUCAACCCUGCCCCUUCUGGUUCCAAACGCCUCUUUCGUGUCCUUAUGUCUAUUGCUACAGACAAAAAGGUGGUUGUGGUGAUAAUGUUUGAUAGAGCGGCUAGGGUUUUGUUUGGUUGCUCUGCUGAUGAGUUCUUUGAUUUUGCCAAGACUCAUCCUUUUGCUGCUGCAGCUGCAGGUAGAGCUUUGGAAGGAGAAAUGUUGAAAGUCACCUUGUCCCAACCAAAGAACGGGAAUGCACGACAUCUAAGAGUGGUAUCAGUUUUGCCAUUGCGGACAGGUUUUCAACCUGUGAUUGAGACCUUGAGGGAACUAUAUCGAGCACAAGGUGGUUCAUAGCUAUUGUAUUCAGGUGAAUGAAGCUUACCAAGCCAGUUGCAGAUAAGGUCAUAUUCUCCAGCAUAGAUUAGUAGAUUGAUACCAUCCUCAAGAAGUUGA